UCAAAAAUUGGAACUUAGCAACAAGUAAAUAAUAUGCCGAAAAUAUUAAUUAUAUUACAUUUGUUUGAAUAAAAAAUAAGUCGAGUGAAUUAAUGCAAGUGGGUUAAAAUUUAUGUUAUCAAUAUGGAAGAAUCCGCUGGGAAACCUCAAGAGAAAAAGUCUCGAUAUUCAAUCAAAUUUAUUGUAAAAAAUGUUUUAUUUGUUUUUUUGGUUGUAGCGAUAGGUCACUUACAUUACACAUACGUAAGUUACCUAUUCGAGAAUGAUCGUAAUUUCUCAUAUCUCUCCGAUCUGGAGCGAGAGAUGUCGUUCCGCACUGAGAUGGGGUUCUAUUACUCGUACUAUAAGACUGUGGUGGAAGAGAAACCGUUUAUAGCUGGCAUUUCGAAACUAAUGUACGAUAAGACUGUGGAAUAUCCAAAGGAAGUCAAUGCUUUUAAUCGGUUCAAUAUACAUCCUGAGGUGAUCGUCGGCGCGUUAUACCGCUAUCUAGAGCCGUGGAUAAACAACACAAUGUACAAGGAGUGUCACAUGGUGGACAGGGGCGCGGAUCGGGAGCCCGUCGAGAGCUGCGUGGGUGUGGGACACCCGGUGUUCUUCUAUUUGGAAGUUAUUUGGAUCUUCGCUGGUGUGAAUGUGGCUGCAUUGUUCUUGCACGCGUUGGAGCUUAGCGAAAGCUUCCUCGGCGGUUUCCUAGCAGUGGCCCAAUACUUUGCUAACCACGCGGAGUGCACACGUGUUCAAUGGGCUCCCAAUGAGAGAGAGAACUGGGCGGGGCCCUUAUUGCUGUUGCAGGCGUGGCUGCUGACCGUACAGCUGCAGGAUAGGAAGCGAUACGCUAUACAAUUGCAGAUCGGAAUAUUCAUGUUAAACUGCCUCUGCCUCUUAUUCUGGCAGUUCACACAGUUCAUAUUCCUCACGCAAAUAGCUGUGUUUUUUGUGAUGGAACAAUUGAGAAUAAUAGACACUCGACACCUUUCUAUAUUCCUGCACUCACACUACUGCGGCCUGCACAUGGCCAUACUCCUACUACAGGGCAAUGAUAUGCUAAAAUCGUCCUUAUACGCUUGCCUGUUCCUAGUAGUGUCCGCGUACUGUUUGUUCUUCAGCGGUCUACGCAUUAAGGUUCAAAAUCGUUUCGACUUCCUCGUCGAAGCUUGGCUCGUACUAUUACGCAUUUGUAUCGUUGUGUGUGCGUCCGUGUAUUUGAAAAAAGUGAUCAGUGACUUCUUGGAAGUCGAAGAAGACACACAUGUUUGGGAGAUUCUUUUUUCGAAAUUCACGAAUUAUAAAUCGUUCCAUACUUUAAUGUACACGUGCUCAGAGGUGUUCGAUUUUCUGCCGUUCAAAUCGAUUCUAAACAUGACGUAUUCGUUCUUGAUUCCGUAUGUUGGCUUCUCAAUAAUCAACGUGCUGUACUUUUGGAUUUGGAACACGGAAACGGAGACGGAAGUAGAGGAUAAGGAAGUGGAAAAGGAUGUUGAUGACGAAGACAGUGGCAUAGACAACAGUUCAGAUAUGAAAAUUAAAAAGCGAAGCGAUUUGGACGAACUGGACAAGCAAACGAGAGUAGACGAUGAAGUAGUGACGGAUCAGUGUAUUCUAUUUUUGAAGAAUUUGAACGUUGACGCGGCGAUAUUCUAUAAUAUAUCGCAAAUGGUUGUCUAUGGUGUCAUGGCGGCGCUUGUUAUGCGUCUCAAGCUGUUGUUCACUACGCAAUUGUGUCUCAUGUCUUCCUUGGUGUUUAAGAAGAGAUAUUAUAUAUAUUCAAAACGUAUGAUGAAAUACGUAAAAUUGCUGAUCCUUUUUGGAGCAGUUCCCAUGAUACGGUGUCUCAUUCAGAAUAUGGGACAUGAAAUGGCUCAUAUAGGCGAAUUCAGCGACUACAACCAAGAGGAACUACUGCAGUGGAUCAAGCAGCAAGCUCCCGGCGCGUUCGCGGGUUCGAUGCCCGUGCUGGCCGCGGUGAUGUUGGCGACGCGCAGGCCCAUUGUGGCCCACCCGCACUAUGAGCACUUGGAGGCUAGGCAAAGAGCAUACGCAGUAUACAAAGUGUACGGAAGGUUUUCCCCCCACGAGCUGUACCUAGAGCUGAACAAGCUCAAAGCGACCUACCUCAUAGUUGAGAAUCGAUACUGCUAUGGACGGAGCAACAAAGGCUGUUCAUUCGCUGACAUCUGGGACAGCACGGUGCCGUCUCAGCGCGGUCAGCCGCGACUCUGCCACACUUUGCUGACUGACAGCGUCGAACACUUCUACCCGCUGUUCAGAAAUUCGCAGUAUGCUGUCUUCAGGGUACACGACGUUAGUGUGAGGUACAUGCCGCGAAGUUUCGAUACCUGACAUCUGGUGAAUUGAUUAGGUUUUGUACAAGAGACUGAAAUACGCAAUAAAACGUAGCUGUUAUUUAUAUUAAAUAUAAAAAAUGUGUGUUUUUGUGACUAGCGGUAGCAUGUUACUGUAACGGUGCAUUUAUAUAAAAACCGGCCAAGUGCGAGUCGGACUCGCGUACGAAGGGUUCCGUACUAUGGGGACCCCCAUUAUAUUUUUGGUUUUUAGUAUUUGUUUUUCACAAAUGAUGUAUUAGCGGCAACAGAAUUAUUAUCAUUUGUGAAAAUUUCAGCUUUCUAGCUAUCAUGGUUUAUGAGUCUGGAGGCAGACAGACAACGAAGUCUCAGUAAAAGGGUCCCUUUGGGUAAGGAACCCUAAAAACGAACAUAGAGCUCUUGCUAGAGCAUUCUAUCGUGAUCUUUUAGUGGAAAAGAAACCUCGUAUUCAUUGUUGUUCAGUAUUAGAACAUUGCAUAGAAUCUUUUCGAACGCAUGAAGAACAACGAAAAAAUGCUCUACGCGUGUUUACACUAAAAGAAUUUGACAUUGUGGGGUUAGAAAGAACAUUCGCUCGUUUGAUGUAAAUGCACCGUUAUAAGUAUGGAUAGUGAUAAAAAAUAGUUAUUCUGUUUUAAAAAUAUUUUAUACCGAC